AUGAAUCAAUGGCUCGAGUUAAAAACUCAUUUCAAUAUGACAAGACUUUCGGAGAAAUGCUACUCUGCGGAGAUUCUAUACAACAUGUAUUGUGAUGAAAGAAACAUGUUGUACUUGUUAUUUCUGAAGCCGAUUUUGUCUGAGAUACAAGUCGUGAACAAAGCAUUUCAAAGCGAGAAAAACGAUCACGUAAAGCUUUUAAAUGAUCUCAACAUCCUCGUGCAAGGAAUUUCGAAAAAACUCGUAUUGCCAUCAUCUGUCGAGAAAAAAGUUGAGCAGCUCAGAAAAGACGGAAAGAUUAGCGUUUACGAAGAGCAAGGAAUCCGCGAACGAUGCAAAUCAUUCUUAUUCAGCUUUUUCAAGCAGCUCAAACAACGAUUGCCCGAGAACAUAGGUAUCCUUAAAAAAAUAUCGCUGUUGUCAGUGGAUAAUGUAUUGCGGGCGGUUAAAGAACCAAUACAACCAUUAUUGGAGUACGUGGAUGGCUCGAGAGAUAUCGAUGCCAUCGAAUCGCAACUUUCAAAAAUCAAUUUGAUUGAUUGGACGAACAAAACCGAUACCAUUACAUUUUGGGAUGAAGUUAAUAAAUACAGGGACGCAUCCGGAAGUAACCCGUUCGCCGAAUUGGCCACUUUUGCUCUAUCAAUGCUCAUUCUGCCGUAUUCGAAUGCACAAGUUGAGCGGGUAUUUAGCCAAUUGAAUGUUGUGAAAAAUAAAGUACGGAAUAAGAUGUCGAUCAAAAUGACGAAUGCAAUCUUAACGAUUCGUUUCGGACUGAAAAGAAACGGCAAAUGCUGCCACAACUACGUUCUGCCGUCAGAAGUUAUAUAUAAAAUUGGUUCCAAAGAAGCCUACACAAAAAAAGCGGGCGAAUCGAGCUCGCAAGCAACUGACGGGGAUGACGAUAUCAUCGAUUUUUGUUUCGAUGAAUAUAAUUAA